AUGAUUAAAGGAAGAGGAAAGCGAAGUCAGAACACUGCUGGAGACAGAGGACGGUGGGCCAACAAAACAGAAUAUCUUCUGGUCGUUGCAGGAAAUGUGGUGGGUCUGGGCAACGUGUGGAGAUUUCCUUAUCUCUGCUACAAGAAUGGUGGAGGUGCCUUUCUGGUGCCAUAUUGUCUCUUAGCUGUGGUGUGUGGGAUACCAUUGUUCCUAAUGGAGACUUCAUUUGGUCAGUACACUCAAGAAGGAUUUAUCACCUGCUGGAGGAAACUGUGUCCACUGGCACAAGGAAUUGGAUAUGGAGCUUUCAUAAUGAAACUUUAUGACUUCAGCUACAUUUUAAUACAAGUCUGGGCUCUCUUCUACCUCGUGUUUUCAUUCAGCUCCCAGCUCCCAUGGGUCAGCUGUGAGAAUACCUGGAAUACAGCUAACUGUCUUGGUCUUUACUCAUCUAAUGGGACUGCACAUCUAACCAACGUCACCUCUGCUGCUGUCGAGUUCUGGGAGCGUCGGAUGCUGGGCAUGUCUGCAGGUAUCGAGGAAAUGGGCAAUGUGAGGUGGGAGCUGGCUCUUUGUUUACUGGGCAGCUGGGUGUUCUGUUACUUUAGCAUUUGGAAAGGUGUCAGAUCUUCUGGAAAGGUAGCCUAUUUCACAGCCCCAUUUCCCUAUGUGAUACUCCUAAUACUGCUCAUUAGAGGGCUCACUUUACCAGGAGCAUGGGAAGGAAUUUACUUCUACCUGUAUCCAGAUGUGAACCAGCUGGCUAACCUUGAGGUCUGGAUUGAGGCAGGCUCUCAAAUAUUCUUCUCCUACAGCCUGACGAUGGGCACUCUAAAUGUUCUGGGCAGCUACAAUGAUUACAACAAUAACUGUUAUAAAGACUGCUUUUGGCUGUGUCUGCUGAACAGUGGAACCAGUUUUGUUGCUGGGUUUGUCGUCUUCUCUGUACUGGGAUUCAUGGCAGAGAAACAGGGUGUAACUGUGGAUGCUGUGGCUGAGUCAGGUCCAGGUCUGGCCUUCAUUGCUUACCCUCAGGCUACAGCGAUGAUGCCUUGGCCACAGUUUUGGACCGUCUGCUUUUUCCUGAUGCUCAUUCUGCUCAGUGUUGACACACAUUUUGUGACAGUAGAGAGUGUCAUCACCUCCAUCAGUGACUUGUUUCCGACGUUGUUUCGUGCUCCGGUGAGGCAUGAGAUCUUUGUCCUUAUCUUCUGUUCAGCCUUCUUUCUCAUACAUCUGACCAUGGUCACCGAGGGAGGAAUUUACAUAUUCCAGCUUAUUGAUUACUACGGUUGCACCAGAGCUUGUCAGGAUUGUAUGGCUGUUUGUCAGUGUGUGGCUAUAGCCUGGAUUUUUGGUGCUGAACGUUUUUCCAACAUUAUUCAGGACAUGGCAGGACAGAAACCAUCUGCCUUCUUUAAUCUGUGCUGGAGAUACAUCAUUCCUCUGCUGACACUUUCUUCCUUCAUCUUGUACCUCAUUGAUUAUCAACACCUCAAGAUUAACAACUCGUACGUUUACCCAGACUGGGCGUACACACUAGGAUGGGCCAUGACUCUGUCGUCUGUUCUCAUGGUACCACUGUUCGCAGCUGUACAGAUGUAUGUAACACCAGGCACCUUCAGACAGCGUUUGCGCGUCCUUUGUCGUCCUGCUGAGGAGCCAGUGAAGCAGACAGAAAAUGAGGGAAUGAAACUAAGUCGCGACAACUGUAAAGCUGAAGCCCUCUGCGGGGACCGUGUCUCCAGUUCACUUGAAACUUAAGGUUAAAAACCUUUUCAGCUCUCAUA